CACACUGACAACACCAGACACACACACACACACACACACACACACACACAGACGGGCUGCCUGUCUGACUGCAGCGCGGAGCUCCCCAGCGGCAGAGAUCCGGUCGGAGAGGAUUCCUUCCAUUUUUACGCGCAACUUUUUCUCCUCCUCUCCUCCUCCUCUCCUCCUCCUCCUCUCCUUCUCUUCUCGGUUCCGCCGCCUCGCGCGCGACGGCUCCACGGACUCCGGACUCUUUGUGGAUUAAAAAAAAAAAAAAACCGAGCCCCGUCUCUCCUCCGGUUGGUGUUUGGCCGACGGGGAAACAAACCGGAGGUGUCACUAAGCACCGCCCGGCUCGGAUCCCCCCUGUCACCGGGGGGUUCGCUUGUUGUCAUUCUCGACCAGAGACGCGCGGACCGGAGCGCGGACGCAAGGGACUUUGACAAGUUUGUGGACUAAACUGGACCAGCAGCGACACCAGGUGUGUUGCAACCACGCAGGGGGGAUGUCCUCGUCCACCGUUGCCGUGGUGAUGCAGCAGCUGAUGGACGCGUGAGGACGCGUGAGGACCCUUUCUGAGGGGAGUCCCGCUGGAACCAGACUGAGCGCGUGCAGACCGACAGCCCUUUCCCAGAAUCCACCACUGACUCACUUUUGAAAUAAACGACGAGUCAGCGUUCGACCGGAGACACAGAGAGAAGCUCCGGCGUCUCCCGGUGUUCGGCCGAAUUUAUCUGUGAGAUGACAUCAGAUGGAGGAGAGAGAGGAAGAGUGUCGUCCCUCCAUCUGGUGUCAAGAGGUCAGCGCCAGACUCCGCCCAUGUGUGUGUGUGUGAGUGUGUGUGUGUGUCUGUGUGUGAGUGUGUGUGUGUGUGUGUGUGUGUGUGUGUCACAGCAUGUGUUCCCCAUCUGGUCCCACCCAUUCCCUCAGCACUGACUUCAUGCUGACCUAUUUCUCUCUCAUCUCUUUCUUUCAUUAGUCUCUCGCUCUUUUCUCUCCUCGGUCUCGCUUCCUUCCUUCCUUCCUUCCUUCCUUAACGUUCAUCUGACCUGUGCGUUUGACACCGUGAUGUCAUCGCCCGUCUCCCUCGUGUCGCUCUGCGGCGCUAAACAAACCGUCAUGUGUCGUCUGAUCUGAUGACACGUGACAGUGGGGGGGUGGGGGGGACAUCAUCUCAUCUGGCCUCCUUCCUCCUUCCUAACCAGAGGAGUGACCUCAGUCCGUUGGCUUUCGCUUCAGGGCUCAGAUCUUCAACUAAAUCAACCCCGCCAAAAUAAAAGGUCCUCGGCAGUUCGCCACGCCACGAGCGACAGGAAGCGAACAAGCAGAAACUGUUUCCUGUGACCCUGGAGGUUUAUUUUUGAAAAGACCCUUCGUGCAUAAACUCCGUGUUUGCUGUUAAUAAGAAGGUGUGUUUCUUUCUAAACUUUAUUCUGAAAACACGUUCCGAAGACAACGCGGCGCCGACGGCGUGAAGACGCUCGUCGGCCAAUAGGAGCGCGGCGCCGUCUCUUCAGGCUCGUUCGUCUCGUCCACGUCUUUGGGACCUUUUCGGCUUCCCGACGUCUUUAAACUUCCAGGGUCGGAAGCCGGAGUUACGAGGAGCACCUGAAGGCAGCAUCGGUCCCUCGGUGUCUGCUGUCUCCCUGAGCGCCAUCACUCCUCCGCUCUGCUUCCUGCCCUAUAAAUAUUUGAGCAGCCCCCAUUAGGGAGUGAGGUCUCCGGUGAGCCGGACGACUCUUGAAGACGAUGAACGACGAUCUUCUGGCACUUUUCCCCGAAAGAAAAUCUGGCUUCGCAACCGCUCUAUUUCGGCGAUGGACGGGUACUUCCUGUUGCUGUGAACUUCUCGGCAGCCGCCAAAGGUUCAGCUAUCAUGCCCGGUAGCUUUGGGACCUUGUAAACCUUCCCCACUGCCCCCCCCCCCCCCUCUUCUAGCCCACGGAAGAGGGUCACGGAAAUGGAGGCUCGUGAAUCAGCUGCCGCUGGGCAGAGGUCCCUCAGCAAGGAAUCAGUGAAGGAGAAAGCGCCCCUGCAGAGGAAGUGGGCGUCCGAGCCCUCUGCGACCACCAGACGGAGCACUUUUGCCGACCCGGAGGCAAAACUACGCGAGAGUUUGCCCUGCGGUGCCACGGGGGGAUCAGCACCCCACCAGAAGUACGCAAGUACAGGGAAUUCUGGGAAGCUGCUAUCUGGACCUUCUGCAGUUGGGGCCAUUGGUGGCCCGCCAUCUCAAGACCUGCAAGGGCCUUUUGUUCAGGGGUUCCCGAGGGGAUACUCCUACCAGCUCGGCCAACCGUACCCUCAGCACCCCCAAACCGAGCGCUUCCUCUCAGGAGCCAAACCCCAGCCGGGCCUGGAGCCUCACGCCUGGCCAUUUGUAGGCCAGUUGCCCUCGGAUGACUUGUACCCUGUUGGACAUCCGGGGCACGCUCAUCCUCACGGGGCCGGGGCAGGGAGGUUCCCCCGGCAGAAGUCUCCCAGUUUACCCAGCUCCUUCGGACAGUAUUCUCAGUCGGGCCCUGAGCCUGGGGAGGAGGGCUACAGCAAAAAAGAGCAGAAGCCGAAGAAGCCCGGAAAAUACAUCUGUCACUACUGCGGUCGAGCUUGCGCCAAGCCGAGCGUCUUGAAGAAGCACAUCCGCUCGCACACCGGAGAGAGGCCAUACCCUUGCGUACCCUGCGGCUUCUCCUUCAAAACCAAGAGCAACCUUUACAAGCAUCGCAAGUCCCAUGCUCAUGCCAUCAAGGCUGGACUCGUACCCUUCUCAGAGCUAGCGGCGGCCCGCGGCGGGGACAUGGACCAGGCGUCCCCGGUGGGCGAGGCCGAGGUCCACUCGGAUGGAGAGCAGAGUACCGACACGGACGAGGAAGGUCUGGAGGGCUCCACCAUGCUGACGGACAAAGACAGCCCAACACCGCGGAUCCCCUUCGAAGCUGACAAGAACACAGGUGGUGUGGAACCAGCAUAUGCAGACUCAGCUGAAGAGCUCCUGGUGGGGUCCAUGAAAGUGCCUAUGCUGAUCGUCCCAAAGCUCGGGGGAGUCCCCUCCACAGGGAUGGAGUGCCCACCCUUUCAUGACAUCAAGGGCUCACACCCCAUGUUAGCAUCGCACGCCGGAAGAACGCAUUCACUGGACGACUCCCCGACCAUCAAGCAGCGUUUGGCCCUGAGGCUGAACGAGAAAAAAUGUCAGGACUCUGAACCCUUGAACCUCCUGAGUCCUCACAGCAAAGGCAGCACAGACUCUGGAUACUUUUCCCGCUCCGAGAGCGCAGACCAGCAGAUCAGCCCUCCGAAUGCUAACGUCAAGACGUACGAAGAGAUUAUGUUCGGUCGGACUUGGUACUACCGACCCAACUCCAGGUCCAGGCAGUCUAUCACGGUGGGCCUGGCCGGUGCAGACCCCAGCUUGGCUAGCUUAAAGCAACCAGGUGCUAUUCUGGACAUGGGGAAGAUAGCUGAGGAUCAUAUCUGUUUCAGAGGGGACGUCGGAGUCUCUGGAGAUCCCAAGCAGUAUCCAACAGGACCGUGUCAAAGCAGUACAGGGCUUCUGGAGCCUCCAUCAGAUUCUGGGACACUCAUUAGGAGUAACUCCAUGCCCAACUCCUCCCCACCUAACCUCAGUGUCCCUUCUGGGAUACGAGGCAGCCACUCCUUCGACGAGAUGAUGACGUCGGAUGAUGUCUUUUACCCACCGGGGCGGAGACUCAGAAGACAGGCUGCGUUUGAACAUUCAGCCAACGAAGCACACGCAGGCGAGGCCGAGGGCUACGGACACAUGCCCAAGAAUCUAGCUUCAUCUCUGGGUAUGAAGUAUGGCGAGUGCAACCCAGGAGUCCCAGAGCACAUUGCCUACAGCCCAUAUGGUACGAAAGCUAGUGUGUCAGAAACAGCCACAAGAAAAAGGCGGAAGGAGAAGAGUGUUGGGGAUGAGGAGGACAGCCCUGGACACUGUGACAGUAGCUGUAGUGGUUCAGUGGACUAUGAGUUUAAACAAGGUAGUUUCGAUGGGUCAAGAGCCACCCCGACAGGGAAAGGCUCUCUUCAGAGCGCCCACAGCCAGUCGGACAGCUUUGACACCUGUACCAGCAUGUGCUCGGAGGACAUUGCAUUGUGUCCUGACUCUGAGGGCAGGAAGGCAGCUGGGAAUGUCAUAUCAGUCAUCCAGCACACCAACUCCCUCAGCCGGCCAAAUUCCUUUGAGAAGUCAGAGUCCUUUGAGCAGCCAGGUUAUCAUCCUUCGGAUAAAGCGCUAUCCAGCCAGUACUCCGAACAGUCCGACACAGAUAUCUUUGAAGAUGCUCUGAGUCCUGAAUCUGCCCUCCUGAGGACAGAGAGCAUGGAGCAGCAGCUGCAAAGUGACCUGGCCUCCCUCUCAUCUUCGUCAGCUGCAGCGUCGCCUGGCCAGCCUUAUCCCAUCCCACACAAGCUAGUGCGACAACCCAACAUCCAAGUCCCUGAGAUCAGGGUGACGGAGGAGCCGGACAAGCCCGACAAAGAUACAGAAGCUCCGAUGACCAAGGAACCGGAGAAGCUGCCGCAACACGUGGAGGAGUUCCAGCUGCCGCAGAGGAGCGACACGCUCGCCCAGAUGCCAUCGGAAAAGCUCCCACCGAAGAAGAAGAGGCUGCGCCUGACGGAUAUCGAGCAUUCAUCCGGGGAAUCGAGCUUCGAGUCCACCUGCACCAGCUUGUCUCGCAGCCCCAGUCAGGAGAGCAACCUGUCCCACUCGUCGUCCUUCUCCAUGUCCUUUGACAGGGAGGAAGGUCUCAAAUCCGCCUCUCCCACCAAACAGGACGACUCAUUGCCGUCCGGCGGCGGCCCGAAGCAGUCGGAGUUCCUGACGGUGCCCGGCAGCAGUCACUCCGGCCACCAGCAGCAGAGAGAGAUGCGGAGGUCCUCGUCGGAGCAGGCGCCGUGCGCGCUGCCCACGGAGUUGACUGAAAUGCGCAGCAAGUCCUUCGACUAUGGAAGCUUGUCCUCCUCCAGGCAGGGCGAGAUAUACUCCAGCGCCUCUGCGAUGAAGGACCGUCGGCGGGGAUAUCUUGUCCGACAGGCUUCACUGAGUGUGUAUCCAGAGGCAGUCGUCCUGGAACCAGGAAGUGCUGAGAUGUCCAUCAAACAGGAGGUUCUGGAACACGGGGCGUGGCCCGGCUCGAACGGAUCCCCCCACAGCAGCACCGAUGUACCCAGUAGAACCAAGAGAGUUGGCGGUAGCACUGGUGGAUCUCACUACCAUAACUACCAGCAUCACCUCCAGCACAGUAUCAGUGAGGACAGCCUGCAGGAUGAGCCUCUCUUUAGCAGGUCCCAUCAGCAUCGCCUGCAGACCCAGGGCUCUUCCUCCGAGGGAGAAUAUCAAGGUCACGAGGUCAUGAAUAAGGAGGCGAUCCAGCAGUACCCGAGUGGGCCUCCCACCAGCACCUACCAGCAGCCCGGUCUGUUCUGGAGUCAGGAGGCGGGUCAGACUCCCAGACAGCCGCUGACCCUCCAGGCCCAGCAGCAACUCCAGAAGCUCCACAUCCGGCCGCCGGGCCCCCAUCCCGGGAACCCGCUCCACAAACCGCCGCCGCCUCACGACCAGCAGCCGGACAAGCCCGGCUCCCCCAUGGACCCGGCCUCGUCCUCCCCUCGCGGCGCUGCCCUGGCCCAGCAGCACUUUGCUUCCUCCAAGCACUCCCUGCCCGGUUCCAGCAGCGCCUCCAUGCUCCUGCAGCAGGUGCAGCCGGUCUUUGCCACCCAGGCUCUGGGCUCCCAGUCGUCGCUGCCUGGUAUGCUGGUUCCCGUGCGCCUCCAAACCCACAUGCCGUCAUACGGAAGUGUUCUGUACACCAGCGUCAGCCAGCUGGUGGCCUCCCACGGCGGCGGAGCGCAGGGCGGAGGCUCGGCCGGCAACGCGGCUCCUUCGGUCGCCGCUGCGAGCAAACCACCCGGAGGAGGCGGAGGAGGCAUAACCGGGGCGGGAUUCAACCUCUCGCACUUCCUCGGACACGCCGAUGCCGCGGCGCUGCGCUACCCGCUGUGGAAUGCUCCGGAUUCACUACCAGGGCAACAGCUCAACACCGGGAUCCCGCUGUCGCUCACAUCCGGCACCGUGUCCACCGCGGACGCCUCGGGGUGCGGCGCCGGAGGCAGCAAGCGCAUGCUCUCCCCCACCAGCUCGCUGGAGGUCUUCGCCGAGACCAAGCAGCAGAAGAGAGUGAAGGAGGAGAGGAUGUAUGGGCAGAUCGUUAAGGAGAUGAGCGCCGUGGAGCUGAGCGGCGCCGAGGGCGGCACGGCGCCGGAGGAGGGGCGGCGAGCGCGUCUGAAGAGCGAGGGCUCCGCGGACGCCUCCGAGAGGAUGUCCUCUCCUCCUCCGCUCGGCGACUUCCCCGGCGCCGCCAAGAUCAGCAUUCCCGUCCGGUCCUCGGCGCCGCCCCACCUCUCCGAGGUCCCCCGGGCCGAGAGCUUCACGCCUCCUCUCCAGAUCGUCACGGCUCCGGGGGGGCGGGACUCCCCGGAGGAGCUGGACGUGGACGACUCGGCCGCCGACCGCUGCUCCAGCCCCCAGUCGAUGGCGUCGUCCACCGACACGGAAGACGCCGACGCCGCGGAUCAGCAGGCGCCCAGUGAGAGCCCCGUCGGCAUGCUGGUCCAGCUCGCUCCCGAGCGGCCGGCGGGUCCCACGCCGCUCCUCCAGUUCCCGAGUCUGCGCGCCACGAGCCGGGUCAGCUGGUGUUUCCUGAGCUCCACGCGGCCCAGUAGCCGGGCCCCGCACGGCUCCGUCUACGACUCGUGGUGCGUGAGCUCCUACAACCCCAACCCGCUGGGCCUGAGCACCAAGGCGGCGCUGGCCCUGCUGAGGUCCAAACAGAGCAGCAACACGGAGUCCGUGUACUCCACCGCGGCCAUGGCGCCGCCCAGCUCCGGAAAGCUGGUGUCGUCCGUGGCCUGGAAGCUGAGGUUUGAUCAGCUGAAACCGGAGCUGAUGCCGGUGGACGCCGGAAACUUCGGGAGGAAGAUGAAGGGCGUGGCGUCGUGGGAGCGUUCCAAGGAGGAGCAGCUGGAGAAGGAGGUCUCCGUCAAACCGCCCGCCACCGAGCCGAGCCGCGUCAAGAUCUUCGAAGGCGGGUACAAGUCCAACGAGGACUACGUGUACGUCCGCGGCCGCGGCCGAGGGAAGUACAUCUGCGAGGAAUGCGGCAUCCGCUGCAAGAAGCCCAGCAUGCUGAAGAAGCACAUCCGCACGCACACCGACGUGCGGCCCUACGUCUGCAAGUUCUGCAACUUCGCCUUCAAGACAAAAGGAAACCUGACGAAGCACAUGAAGUCUAAGGCUCACAUGAAGAAGUGUCUGGAGCUGGGCGUCUCCAUGUCGUCUUCUGUGGAGGACACGGAGGCGGACGAAGGAGAUGUCGGAGAGGAAGGUCAGAGGUCGGAGAAGAUGUCCCGCGGCUCCAUGGCGGACCAUCAGUUCUCCGACGCCGACGACUCUGACGGCGGCGAGGACGACGGCGACGAGGUGGACGAAGACGACGAAGACGAGGACGACUACGACGGCGACUCCACGCCGAGGACGCACUCGCGCUCUAGCAGCCCGCCGCCCUACGGCCCGCCCGCCAUGUCCGUCACGGCCUCCUCCUCCUCCUCCUCCUCCUCCUACCCGGCUCGCCACCCGGCGCCCGACCUCCUGGGCAACGCCAACCGGCCGCCGCUGUUCGGCUGCUUCCCCACGGUGCCGAGCAUCCAGAUCACCCCGCAGGCGCCGGGCAGCGGGCUGCUGGCUCCGCCCCCUGGCGCCUCCUCCUCCUCCUUCAUGGACGACGACCUCGCCUCGCCGUCCUCCCGCCUCUCCUCGCCGGGGCCGGCCCGCUCCGGCUGCCCGUCGCCGCUCUCCCCGUCCUCCUCGCCAUCGGCCCGCCGGUACCUGUCGCCGCGCCGCGACCUCUCGCCGCGCGCCAGGCACCUGUCGCCCCGGCGGGACGUUUCUCCUCUUCGUCACCUCUCGCCGAAGAGGGGCCUCGCGGCGGCGGGUUACAGGCGGGACCUCUCCCCCAGGAGGGGCCACCCCUCGCUGCUCUCGCCGCUCUCCCGGCCGGCGUCUCCGGGGGGGCGGGACUACAAGCGCGACCUCUCGCCGCGGGGGCGCCACCGGGCGAUGGUCCGGCCGCUCUCUCCUCGCCGGGGCCUCCACCCACACCUCCAUCACCACGGCCAGCCGAGCGGCUCGCGGGGCCUCAGGACGGGGCACCAGGGCGGCGUGCCGGGUCCGGCGGAGGCGGGACUUCCCAGAACCGGCAUGGAGAUGGAGACGGAACUUUGUCUGGUGUCGCCGGCGGACUGGGACCAGCGGCGCCGGCCCAGCCCCCCCCACCAGGUCCUGUUCAGCCACCUUCCUCUUCACUCACAGCUCCAGGUGCGCUCCCCGUUCCCGAUGAGUCCCAUCGGAGGGAUCCAGGUGAUGCACUGCGUCCCCGCCACCUCCCCGCUGGGCCAGCAGGAGGCGCAGCAGAGCGCGGCCCGCCUGCUGCUGCAGAGGAACACGUCGGAGGACUCCACCGCCAGUGAGGCCGCCUCCCCUCACGUCACCUCCUUCUCCGAGAGGGGAGUUCGAAGAGGAGGAGGAGGAGGAGGAGGGGGCGAGAGGCUGAGGGAGUCGACUUCACCUUACCCCUCGUCGCAGGAGAGGGAAGGAGGAGGGGUGAGGCAGGAGCAGCAAGAGGAGAACAUCUACACCUGCACCAAGGCCAUCGCCUCCCUCUGCAUCGAGGAGGAGGAGCGGGGAGGAGGAGGAGGAGGAGGAGCCAGGACUUCUCCCUCCGCUCAGCAUCAGCAGCGCUCACCGUCCAUCUCCACGUCACCUCCUUCUCCUCCCCCGCCUCCUCCCCCCCCACACGGCCCCGGGGGUCAGCACUUUAGUGGCCUGGCAGUCAGGCCUCACCACCCAUCGAUCCCCUCCUCCUCCUCCUCCUCCUCCUCCUCCUCUCCUCACCCUCCCAGCCCCGCAUGGGACACCCUGCCGCCUCCUCCCACCUCCAAACCUCUCAGGCUGGAGAGAGACGGUGCAGCGGAAAGCACAAAGAGGAGCAGAGACGUGUCGUAGGGAGGAGGACACGAGGAGGAGGACACGAGGAGGAGGACACUAGGAGGAGGACACGAGGAGGAGGACACGAGGAGGAGGACACGAGGAGGAGGACAUGAGGAGGAGGACACGAGGAGGAGGACACGAGGAGGAGGACAUGAGGAGGACAUGAGGAGGAGGACACGAGGAGGACACGAGGAGGAGGACAUGAGGAGGAGGAGGACAUGAGGAGGAGGACACGAGGAGGAGGACAUGAGGAGGAGGAAAGGUCCUAGGGAGGACACGAGGAGGAGGACAUGAGGAGGAGGACACAAGGAGGAGGACACGAGGAGGAGGAGGAAAGGUCCUAGGGAGGACACGAGGAGGAGGACACGAGGAGGACACGAGGAGGAGGACACGAGGAGGAGGACACGAGGAGGACACGAGGAGGAGGAAGGGAUGAAGUGCAACAGAGAGAGAAGAAACACUUUUUGCACACGUGUACACACACAUUCAGUUUAUACACACACACUCUCUCUCACACACACACACUCUC